AUAAUCUGUUGGCACAGAUCUGCUGCAGCCACACCCUUUGCUCCUCGGGGUACUGGGUCCUGUUGCAGUCAGCAUGUGCCUUGCUCUAACCUAAAUAAUCCCAGAAAGCAGCUGCUAUGAAAGGCGGUACUAAAUGCAGAGAGGAUUUUUUUUUUUCUCCUCUGCACUCUGGGAGGAAGCUGGCUCAGGGAUUCUUAGCUGCAGAAGGAGGGGCAUUCGGGCUUGGACUGCAGUCCUGCCUUGCAGCCAGGGGUUUUCUGGUUUUCAUUAAAAUUCUUGGGCUGUCUUUGGAGAUUGCUCCAUUGGAUAAGACUGUGCUGUAGCUGUGCAUGCCGCUCUCUCAGCUUCACCCCCCAUCAAAUACCAGUGGCCCCGAGGAAGAGGAGAGAAUAAAAGCUGCGUAAAUGAGUAUGGAAGAUUAUGAUUUCCUGUUCAAAAUUGUUUUAAUUGGCAACGCUGGAGUGGGAAAGACGUGCCUAGUCCGAAGAUUCACUCAGGGUCUUUUCCCCCCAGGUCAAGGAGCCACAAUUGGAGUUGAUUUUAUGAUUAAGACAGUGGAGAUUAAUGGUGAAAAAGUGAAGUUACAGAUCUGGGACACCGCUGGUCAAGAGAGAUUUCGCUCCAUCACCCAAAGUUACUACCGAAGCGCCAAUGCCUUGAUCCUUACCUAUGACAUCACCUGUGAGGAAUCCUUUCGCUGCCUUCCUGAGUGGUUGCGGGAGAUAGAACAGUAUGCUAGCAAUAAAGUCAUCACUGUGUUAGUGGGCAACAAGAUUGACCUGGCUGAAAGGAGAGAGGUCUCCCAACAGAGAGCAGAAGAGUUCUCAGAGGCUCAGGACAUGUAUUACCUGGAGACUUCAGCCAAGGAAUCCGACAAUGUGGAGAAACUUUUCCUUGACUUAGCAUGCCGACUCAUCAGCGAAGCAAGACAGAACACACUGGUGAACAAUGUAUCGUCACCCUUACCCGGAGAGGGGAAAAGCAUCAGCUAUUUGACUUGUUGUAAUUUCAACUAAAGGCUGAGGCAAAGAGAAUCAAAGGGAAUCAGUAGUUGCCUUGGUGGGCCGUAUGUUGCUAGGGAAUCUGGCAAUGACUAUGGCUCCCGCUCUUGGACCUUCUGACUCCUGUAGGCUCCAGAGCUUACCAAGCAUGCAGGCCAAGGGCCUUGACUGCAGGCCAGCAUUAGCAGAACACAUAAUGGUUUCACCCUUUUGCAGUCUGGCGUUGGAGCAAGGAGAAAAUUGCACUAAGCGCUCCAUGAUCUGCAGAGCAUGUUGCUUUUGUUUUUAAAAAAGCAAGUAAAAAUGCAUUCCUGAGCACAGAGCAGGGGAUGGCGUCCUGUAGGAACCCGCUGUGUGUCAGGGGGUGCAUGAGGGGCUGUUCUUCAGGCUUCAGUGGUACUCUGGUGCCCAUGGAUUUCUUGACUACCAGGUAAACCAAAACUGGAAAGGCCAAGUACUGUCUCUGUGGUACUUAGUGAGGACCCCAUGGAGAUUUUGAAAAGUGUUAUUUCUUUUGUCCACAAGCACUUUCAAAACCUUUGGGAUAUAAAAAUGGGAACUCUUCUCAUGACCAACAGUAAAAAUUAUUGUUUAAUAAUAUAUACAAGCUCCAUGACUCUUUUUGGUGCUAAUGAUUAUGCUAUUUCACAGACCAAACGUUUUAGUACAUUGAUAUCCUUAGAUGUAUUACCUAAAAAUAAAACGAGAAUGGGGGAAAUCCAUGAGUCAGCAGUCUUUUUCAGUCUCAUUACCACCGUUUCUAGGAUGGGCUUAGAUAUGAGAAGCCCUUCUUUCAUAUUCUCCGUGAAAUUUAUUAACGUUCUUCUAUUCUUUCACCCUUAUCUUGCCCUUUAAGUAAAUCAAAGUAUAAAAAAAUGGGGAAAAAUAUAAAUGAUGACAUUCUAAUAAAGAAGAUUAGUUGUAGGACAUGUUGAGUAGCAUGAGAAAACAGAGCAGAUAUGACCAAAAUACUGUGGACUAUGGACUGACUGCAGAGCAGACUUCCAGACAGUGCAGCUCUCUCUAACAGGUCACGCCUUUUCCUUUCGGGAACUAGCCUUGGAGAGACCAAGGUUUAGGAUUUUGUAGACAUUUUUAGUAUAAUAAGUGAGAAUAGCAAGAGAUGAAAAGCCUCACAAACCGUUUUUGUAUCUUCAAUAAACUUAGGAAAGUGUGCUCAGGAA